CUGCUGCACAGUUUCCAUGACAGCACCGUAAGGAAAUAUAAAGAUGAGUUUCACUCAUUUUCAUGUAUUUCUGUCAAAUUUGCUCAGUGUGAGUGAUCGCCAGCGUAAGGAUCAUUUUAAGUGCCUGUGGCUUUCUGUGUAGCAGUGUGAAAUACAGUAGGAUGUUCCUGACUCACUGUAUGAUGGGAUGGAUUGUGUUGACAGCUCUUAGCUUCUGCCUGCCUGUGUGGAGCGCUACGAAAGUGACCCAGCCCUACAGAGUGGUCAGCACCAAUGGUGUGGCACAGAUUCAGUGUGUUAUUCAUCCACAAAGCCUGAAAUACCCAUACCCUGAGGAGGCCAGAGUCACUGUGCUGAAGGGCCUCCAUGGCCACCAAGAACUCUGCUUCUCCAUCCUUAACUUCACGGACCAGAGAGAGACACGUAUGGAGCAAAAAGAACAGGUGGAGUGCACUGCUGAGACCACACAUGACACUGUGGAGGUGACACUCUCUGGACUGAAUGCCACUGACACAGAUAUGUAUCGCUGUGAAAUACAGAUCUUCUACCCACCACCGUACCUGCGGCUUAUUGGCAAUGGCACACUCAUUCAUGUCCUCGACAGCUCCAGCUGCCCCGUGCAGGAAACUCAGAGGCAAAGUCAGCACCAGGGUGAAGAAGAGGGAGAUGAUGAUAACACGGCACCUGUCAGUGUUCCUGUGGUUGUCCUGGUGAUCGCAAUCAUUUGUGUCUUAAUCAUCAUCAUCUACUUCCAGACUGUCCAAUGUGAACGGGGGAGGAGAGAAAUGCUGAGGCCGUGGCCUGGCAUGCUUCAUAAGGUGGACGGAGCUUCAGGUCCAUGUGAAAACAUCGUGUGUAACAUUUGAACGCUGAUGGUGGAGCUAUCGUGUGCAGGGCAGAUUUUUCUUUGGCUUAGAAGCGUUAGAAUAAUAUUAUUGCUUCUACCUAGUGAGCGGGGUGGGGAUGAUCAUUUUCACCUCUUUGACGACUGAUGAAAAACACCAAAAUAACAUUUUACUUUUUAAGUGAAAAAAUAAUGUUUACAUUCUUGUAAACUCAAAUGAUGGUAAAAAGCUGUAGCUUUAAUUUUCCAUUGAGUUUAGAUGUAAAAUCACUUGUAUUGUGCACAGCUUAAAUGCAACUUAAAAUGCAAUGCUUGGGAUAAUUAAAAGAGUACAAUGAUAGCUGUCUUUUACUGCAACUAUUGUUAUUGUUGUAAUGCAAAGCAAAUGUUCAUGUAUUCAUGUUGGAUGUUAACACAAAAUAAAGUUUUUUGACUUUAAAUUGUACUUUUGUUAUUUGAAAAAUAUAAAUAUG